AUGGGAGGAAGGUGGUGUGUGCAGAGCGGCUUUUGUGCUGUUUCCAUGGUCGGAGCAGCAGCUGCCAGACAAAGAGGAUGGCAAUAACAGCACUCUGGACAACUGUAAAUAACAAGCAAAGUUGAAAAGGGAAGAAAAUCAAGCCAGAAAUCAAAAUAUGUUCCGUUUCCUUCAGAAAAUCAUACAAUGAUGCUCUUCCUCCAGCAGCUGUUAGACAAAAGAGAGAAAAUCAAAAAAGAAUAAGCAGAUUAUGCAGAACUGAAGGAUACAUUACAUGAAAAGUGAAGAGAGAUUAUUUAUCAUUCAGAAAAAGAGGGAAAUAUCUGGAAGUCCGUGAGGAGGAAACUGUCAAUAGUAAAGUCACGUAGAACAGACAGGAAUACAGGCUUCUCCCUGUGAAGAAGAAAACGGCUUGAAUGAUAGCACCACUAAACAAGGCAUUGUCCAUAUUUGUUUACCUCCUCAAGAAUACUGGCUGUAGAAAAGCUCCAUAGAUUUGCCUAUUGUGGGAAAAGCACAGAUUGCAAAUGUCCUGAUUAUGGGAAAGUCACAAUUCCUGCCUAGGAUUAAACCAGAAGAUUCACAUAGGAGAGAAAUGCUUUGAAUGUUCUGAUUGUUGGAAAACUUUCAGUUAUAAUUCCAACUUGGUGAUAGACCAGAGGAAUCAUAAAGGAGAAAAACCCGUUCAAUGGCCGGAUUGUGGGAGAAGUUUCAGUCAUAAUUCCUGCCUUACUCCAUGGAGAAACCUUAUGAGUGUCAAGAUUGUGGGAAAGGUUUCAUUAGAAAUUCCAACCUCCUGAGACACAGGAUCAUUCACACAGAAGAGAAACACUUUGAAUGUCCUGACUGUGGGAAAAGCUUUAGUAAUAAUUCCAAUCUGCUGACACACCAGAGGACUCACACAGGAGAGAAACCCUUUGAAUGUCUUGACUGUGGGAAACGUUACAGUCAGAAAUCUCACCUGGUAAUACACCAGAGGACUCACACAGGAGAGAAACCCUUUGAAUGUCCUAUCUGUGGGAAAAGCUUUAGUAAUAAUUCCAAUCUGGUGACACACCAGAGGACUCACACAGGAGAGAAACCCUUUGAAUGUCCUGACUGUGGGAAACGUUACAGUCAAAAUUCCCACCUGGUAGCACACCAGAGAACUCACACAGGAGAGAAACCCUUUGAAUGUCCUAUCUGUGGGAAAAGCUUUAGUAAUAAUUCCAAUCUGGUGACACACCAGAGGACUCACACAGGAGAGAAACCCUUUGAAUGCCCUAUGUGUGGGAAACGUUACAGUCAAAAUUCCCACCUGGUAGCACACCAGAGAACUCACACAGGAGAGAAACCCUUUGAAUGUCCUAUCUGUGGGAAAAGCUUUAGUAAUAAUUCCAAUCUGGUGACACACCAGAGGACUCACACAGGAGAGAAACCCUUUGAAUGUCCUAUCUGUGGGAAACGUUACAGUCAGAAUAUCCAGAUGCUAUUACACCAGUGGACUCACACAGAAGAGAAACCUUUUGAAUGCCCUCUCUGUGGGAAAAGCUAUUGUGAUACUUACAAUCUUCUGAGACACCAGAGGACUCACACAGGAGAGAAACCCUUUGAAUGUCCUGACUGUGGGAAACGUUACAGUCAAAAUUCCCACCUGGUAGCACACCAGAGAACUCACACAGGAGAAAAACCCUUUGAAUGUCCUAUCUGUGGGAAAAGCUUUAGUAGUAAUUCCAAUCUGGUGACACACCAGAGGACUCACACAGGAGAGAAACCCUUUGAAUGCCCUAUCUGUGGGAAACGUUACAGUCAGAAUAUCCAGAUGCUAUUACACCAGUGGACUCACACAGAAGAGAAACCUUUUGAAUGCCCUCUCUGUGGGAAAAGCUAUUGUGAUAAUUACAAUCUUCUGAGACACCAGAGGAGUCACACAGGAGAGAAACCCUAUGAAUGUCCUGAUUGUGAGAGAUGUUUCAGUCGCAAUUACACGCUGGUGAUACACCAGAAGACUCACACAGAAGAUAAAGCUUUUGUAUGUCCUAUCUGUAGGAAACAUUUUUGUUAUAAUUCCAGUCUUGUGAGACACCAGAGGACUCACACCAUGAAGAAAUCUUUGAAAUGACUAGUCUGUAGACAUUACUUCAAGCAUAAAUCAUCCCUUAUUGCACACAAGGUAAUCUAUAUGAGGAAUAGUAGAUGAGUUUAGAGAAUGCUGGAAUUUCAUUUGUGAUCUCCCAUUGAAAGUUUAGAUGAGAAAUUGAUUGUUUGAAUUUUGGCCUGAUUCAUUUUGCUCAAACAUUUUUCAGGAUUAAAUUCGUAGGUGGAGAGAAAAGGAAAAUGGGAAAUGGUUAACUAGUUUCUGGUUAUUAGCAGAAGCUUCUGGAUAUUUCCUUUUCCAGAAGUAGUUGAAUUCCUCCAAAAGGAAUUUUGGGUGGAGCUUUUGUAUUUUGAUUAUGGAAUUCCCACAUGUGUAGUUUCAAUCUUCUACCUUGGUUUCCACCCAGAUUCUGAGCCCCAGAAUUCCGCAGUCGGCAUAAAAGUAGUCCUCAAGAUAUGACUAUUAUGGACCUUGAAUUAUGGGUGCAUGUUGCAACGGCUGUUAAGCGAAAUUGCUUUCCUUAACUACCCAAAUCCCUCUGCUCUCCCUGAGGCAGCCAUUAAUCAAAUAUGUGAAUCGCUUUUUUUUUUUAAUUUGAUUUAUAUGCCGCCCUUCUCCGGAGACUCAGGGCGGCUUACAAUGCGUUAAGCAAUAGCCUUCAUACUUUUGUAUAUUUUUACACAAAGUCAGCUUAUUGCCCCCACAAACUGGGUCCUCAUUUCACCUACCUUAGAAAGGAUGGAAGGCUGAGUCAACCUUGAGCCUUGGAGAGAUUCGAACCUGCAGAAAUUGCAGGCAGCUGUGUUAAUAACAGGGUGCUUAGACCACUGUACCAUCAAGGCUAUGCUGAACACUGUCUACUCAGAGCUGGGGAAAACUCUUGGAGAUCUAGUGCAUGGCCAGGCUUGCAUGCCAUAGGCAUCUCUAGGCCCCCUCUCCCUCCAAGACAUCCUUGUACUCUGUAUCCUAACCCUUGUGUCCCCUGGGCCUUUCACUCCCUCCCAGCGUCCCCUUACACCUGACUCCCACCCCACCCAACCUCACACCCUCCUCCUUCUUACCUUUUGAAUAUCUCUGAACCUCAUGGUGGGGACAGAGGGAAGGACAUGCAUCCUUGGGCCUCAUGAUUUUGUCCUGGAAGUAGCCACCAUUUUCAGUGGACCCUGGAUUCAUCCCUGCUGUGAACUGUGGUAAUGAACACGCCACACUACAUCCUGCCACAAACGGCAGCUUGCAUGGCCACUUGCGGCCGCAGAAGACGUCAGAUGGCUGUGCAACAAGUGUCGGGGUGUGCUUGCCCUGCUGCGAUGGUCCUAAAGUAAGCGGCUAAGAAAUCCUCCAAAACUAAGAAGUGGGGCUCAUUUUGAGCCCCAAAAGAAAAUAAAACUAGGUCUUAUUUUCAGGGAGACGGGUAUGUAUAUGCAAUUCUAUGAACUCACGAUUGACCCAAGUCAACAAAUAAAUUUCAUAACUGAAUGGCUGUCAGGUUCCGAAAUAAAAGACUGCAAAUCUUGA